AUGGCUGAUGGCUGUACGGAGUACGGAGUGGCUAGCCAGCGUGCCGGUCGACUGCCUGGAGAAGCCGACUGGAGACAGUUCCACAGACAGACUCCGACCCGACAGGCACCGUUACUGCAGCUCUGCACAUCAUCAUCGACAUCUCCUCAAUCUUCUCUUUUCUUCUCUAUCUUGUCUUUCUUCUUCUUCUUCAUCUUCGCUUCUUCUGCUUCUUUUUUGAUAUCAAAAAAAAAGAGCCGAGAAAAAAAGAAGAAGAAAAAUAGAAGAAAGAUAGAAGAAGAGAAGAUGAAGAGAAGAAAAGGAAGAAGAAGGGAGGUUCAUGCCAUCAUCUCCCGGCCCGUCAGCGCUGGCCGCUGA